GUCCACAGCACAACCCUUCUCCUUGGGCCAUGCACUCACGACUGCCGAAAGAGCUAACACCAUCUCGUCUUUGAAUGCAGUCACGAGUCCAUUCUCAGAUCACUGACCCCCACUCAGCAAAGCAUCACGCAAAGCUGUGGACCAAGUCACACAUAUGCUUAUGCAAGUCGUUCAUCCAUCGAGAUUUGCGCAGCUACCAGGCAUCACAUUACGUCCAAUUCGCGCUGCGACUUUCGGUCGGCAAAUCUCUACGAGCGCCAUGGUGUCGACAGAGCAGCCAAGCGAGCGCGUGCCCAUCUUGCGCUUGCCACUGCCGCCCGUCUCUGACAGACUGCAGUCGCAAUUGCUAUCGGACCCCGCGAUUCCGAGCGCUUCGAGCCUUUUGGGAGGUCCCAACUCCGCACCUUCCGCCACGCGUAGAAGCAGGGCGAUAGGCAGCGGAGCGCUCUUCUCCUUUGUCGAUCCUCUGCCCCUAAGCUUUCCUUAUGACUUCACGGAAAAGGAAAUCGAGCAUGCAAACGAGAUCUUGGAAAGGGAAGAGCAGGUGGGCGAGAGUGGUCCGCUGACGGAGCAGGAAAAAGCGGGAAAGAGGAUCGAGGUGCUGCUUAGGGAGUAUGCGCCUCUCAAAGCUCGAGAUGAUGCGAAACAAGACGAAGGUCUUCAAGCGUACUUGCCUCGGGGCAGAGAGAAAGAGGACUAUCCAUCUGCUCGAUUGCUUGGCGUGGCGAGUCGGGCUCAUCAGGAGCAUUUGCCAGGCCUGGACAUUGGCGAUGCUCAAGAAUGGAUCGAAUCUCAUCAAGGCGUGCGCGACGCCGAAGCGUACACGAGCGGAUCUAAAGCGGCGUCGGUCUCGAAACAAGACGGACCAGCGCACUCUCGACAGCUGCUAAGCGAUGUGCUGAGCGGUCGAGUCAUUGGUGCUCGCUUCGCUACUGAUCAGAUCGUCAAGCCCGUGCAACCGUCGGAGGAAGAGACUUCCAAGGAGAGGUGGCAGCGCAGAGAGAAGGAAAGAGUCGAGAGAGCUGAAAACUCAGAGUAUGCUCCUUGGGCCAACGCGUAUGCUGGGCAUCAAUUCGGCGUAUGGGCUGGGCAGCUCGGUGACGGACGCGCCAUCACUUUGUUCGAGACACCGGAGCCUCGCACGGAGGUUCAGCUCAAGGGUGCUGGUCGCACACCUUACUCCAGAUUUGCGGAUGGCCUUGCCACUCUUGCAAGCUCCACGCGAGAGUACCUCGGAUCGGAAGCCGUCGCUGCCCUGGGUAUCCCGUCAUCGAGAGCUCUCGCGCUCGUCUCUUUGCCAGAGCUCAAGGUGAUACGUGAGAAAGCUCAAACAGCAGGUAUCUGCACACGACUUGCUCGCUCCUGGUUACGCGUCGGCUCUUUCCAGCACCAAGCCUCGCGCGGCGAGUGGGAAUCCGUCAGGGCCUUGGGAGAGUGGGUGGCGAGGAUUGGCUAUGGCUGGGACUUGACGGAUGGCAAACCUUGGGCUAGGAUAUUGGUCGAGGAGGCUGCGAGGCGGAACGCAAGAACCAUUGCUCUUUGGCAAGUCUAUGGUUUCUUACAUGGUGUCAUGAACACGGACAACAUUAGCAUGCUAGGUCUCACCAUAGACUACGGACCAUAUGGCUUCAUCGACAUUGUAGACAAGGCAGCUUCCAGCAACAAAAGUGAUGGCGAGGGGCGCUACGUAUACAAGAAUCAACCAUCAGCCGGCGCUUUUGCCAUUGAGCAUUUGACAUUCGUUUUGAGCCCCUUGAUCGCGCUCGAAGAGAAGAGCGGCAGAGCUGUCAGGCCUGGCGAACUGCUCGAUCUGCCCGAGAAGGAACUAACGAUGCUCUCCGACGAGGGUGAAGAGAAAGCACGCGAGUCGGUAAAGGAGCUCUUCAAGACGACUUUGGAGGAGCAUUAUCGCGAUGGCUGGAGAGACCGCUUGGGCCUGGUCAAGGAUGCCACGACCAAGUCUGCAGCGGACGAGAAUGUAGAAAAGUACCUGAUCGACCCGUUGCUUGACGUGCUGGAAGAUACAGACUUGACCAACUCCCUGCGAAAGCUCUGCGACUUUCCUGCACUGCUCGCCUCCAAAGAUGCUAAAGAGGCGGCAGAGGCAUUCAGCACGCAGUGGCUCGACGAGGCCACUAUUCCAGCGUACGCAAGAGCCGUCAAGAAGGAUCAAGCUCAGAAGUGGCUCGAGGUGCUUGGACAGGCCAUAAAGGAUCAAAAUAGGUCUCCGAAUGAAGUCACGAAGCAUAUGAAGAGCAAGAAUCCAAAGUUUGUCUUGAGGAAUUGGGUCACUGAUGAGGUAGUCGACCGACUAGAGAGGCAGUACGAUACCGAUUUCUUGCAGCGCGUAUUGAAUAUGUGCUACGAGCCCUUCAAUGAGUGGGGCAGCGAAGAUGUGGGAGAACCUCAGCACCGAGAGGAGGCGGCUAGGCUGUGCACCAUUGGAAGACCGCUCUACACUGGCAUGCCCUCUUGCUCGUCCUAGACCCCGUGGAACGGCACUCGCCAUUCAGACUUUCUCCACCAAAUUUCAUGUCCCCCUCCCAGUCCAUGUCUCAUGGCUUCACUUACUCGUCUCUUGGCUCGAUGUCCUGCUGUCUGAGUAGUUCAUAUGCUUGCGCGCACUUGCAGUAUCGAGAAUCG